AGGAGAUAAAAUCUUGAUGAAAUACACACUUUGACUGUGUUUGAAUUUCCCUGAAAUUCAAAGGCAAUCAAAAUAUAUCAUAAGGAAAAGUAAAGGACUACUGUACUUUGUAUUAUGUAUUUUAUUACCACUGACAACAAACUUGAAAGGCAUAGGCACCUUUAAAUGUUGUCAUUUUCCUUUAGCUAGUGACAGCUGUGAGGAAAAAGGCAUUGCUCGUGGAGGCUCUCACAUAUGUCUCGCAUGGACUCAUGGUAGACAAAGCGCCAUUUGCUAAAAAAAAGGUUCCAUUGGAUGAAAAUGGAGGAUGCUAUGAGGGACAGCUUAAAGAAAGUAAAACGUACCUUCCUAUGCUCACCUUGGCCACUGCAUUGCAAGCCGGAGGGGGGUGUAUUUGCAAACUAUGCAAAGACCCCAGGUGGUGACCUCAUUGAAACGGAGUCCCUUGGCGCUGUUUCUCCUAACAGUGUUAAACCGUUUUCGAGCUGUUUAACACUGAAUGAGGGUCCUUGGUCACUCACAGCCAAGCCCCCAAUGAUGGCAUGGCUAAGGCAGAGAUUACACACCUUCUUAGGCAUGUGAAUUCAUACCAGCGAAAGAUGUCUGUGAUAGACCGAGAGCGGUCAGCUGACACGUAAAUCAAACCACACAAACAAUUGCUGCUCAGGCUAACACUUUCACUAAAGUGAGAAUUCAAAGUGAACUUCAAAAUUAAGACUAAAGUAGCCAGACUAAAAGCAUAGUUUACAGUUUGGCAAUUUUGACCUUAAAUUUGAAAUUCACCUUGAAUUUUUCACUUUAGUAAAUAACUCUGUUACUCAUUAGCCUGAGCAGCACCGAGACAGGCUGCUAACUGUGGUACACUCUUGUUUAGCAUUAAACCAUUUAAAAAGAAGUUUAACACUGAAUGGAAUGACAGAGCCAUGAUACUCCAAGCACUAUUACCACUUAAGUGAGAUGAAGCGUUUACAUUUCUUAGAGUCUCCCUUUAAGAUCAGGUAACAUCCUUACAAAAGUUAAUGUUAAUAGAUGCUUUGGAGACUUCUCUUUUAGCACUAAUAUCCUAUUUUUAUUUUAUUUGUUUUCUUUAUUUAUUUUCUUUUUAAUCUCCUUCCUUUAGUUUUCAGUCCAGCCAUGGACCUUCGUGCAAUGUUUCACAUACAUGAACAAGGGGAAGAAGAAGAGUUGCUGCAGAAGGAUUCCAAUCCAAAUCACAGGCACAGAGAACGCAUCUUCAGACCGAGAAUCUCUCUAUUCGGUUUAAAUGAAGAGGAAGUGCGAUCUAGGUACCGCUUUAGCACUGAAGUUAUCCUAGAGCUGUAUGAACAAAUCCAACAAGAUAUAGAGCCAAACUGUGAACGAAACCAUGCUGUGCCAGGGAUGGUGAAACUGCUUAGUGCCCUGCAUUACUUUUCAUCCGCAUCCUUCCAGGGUACCGUGUCUGCCCUUUCUGGUAUAUCCCAGCCCAGCUUUAGCAGGCACUUAACCCAAGUAUUAAAGGCCAUAAACAAACUCACUCCCCAGUACAUUGUUUUUCCUUCAGACAAAACAGCUAUACAAACUAUAAAAGAUGGCUUUCACAAAAUGUCCGCUUUCCCAAAUGUUAUGGGGGCAAUUGACUGUACCCAUGUUGCUCUGUCACCUCCCACAGAAGAUAUUUACAGGAACAGUAAAAAUUUCCACUCCUUAAAUGUCCAAAUGGUAUGUGCGUCAGACAUGAGGAUUUUGAAUUUGGUAGCUGGAUACCCCGGAUCCACUCACGAUUCCUAUAUUUUGAAACAUUCGAGUUUACAUUCAAUUUUGACAUCUGGAAAUCUCCCAGAAGGUUGGCUUCUGGGUGAUGAUGCAUAUCCCUUAACAGAGUGGUUGCUUACUCCUAUCAAGGACCCAAAAACUGCAGCACAGAAACAGUACAAUGCUGCACACAAGGCAGCACACUCCGCUAUUGAACGCACAUUUGGAUCACUAAAAAGUCGAUUCCGCUGUCUAGAUCGGUCAGGUGGCGUUCUGCAGUAUUCUCCAGAAAAAGGAGCACAGAUAAUCCUGGCUUGCUGCAUCUUGCACAAUUUAGCUGUCAGUCGGAAUCUGGAUGUAGAAAUUGUUGAUGAUCUCGAAACACCUCCACCUGUACCCCCGGUUUCCAAAGAAGAGAACACGCAGGCUGGAAAACAAACCAGAAUGCGAGUGAUUAACAGAUACUUUACAUAAAAUCUAUUGAUUUGGAAUCUCUGCUUGUGUCCUUGAUGUUAUUGGUUGCAUAUUCCUCACAUCUCCUCGGACUGAAGUCACACGUACCUAUUUUAUUGCUAUAUAGAACUGUAUAUCUAACAAUGUGUUAGUUUAGGUUUAUAGAUAUCUGUCAGAAUUCCAUCAUUACGCUACAUUUGACAUGCCGAGAAAAUCUUCAGAGUCUCAACUUCCACCUCUGUAGGAGGCAGUGUUUGCCAUGGAGAUUCCGAGAAGAGGAACAGACUUCUGGGAGUCCUGCCUUUCAGUAUGGAGAUUUUCUCCCAUCAGUCAUUAUAUCAUAGGCGGUAACCUUAUUAUAAAGGAAAAACAAAAACACUAAACAUGACAAAACAUUUUAGAAUGUAAAUGCUUGUGUCAAAAUUGUAUUUCUUUGAUCUUUUUUGUUAACUUCAAAUAUGUUUCUUAAAUUCUUUUUUUAAUUUUAAUUUUUUUUUUUUAAACAAUUCUGCCUAUAUUUUAACUACUAGUUUCCUGCCUGGAACUAAAGAGGUGUAAGGUGGUUCUGUCUCUUUUUAUAUGAUCUAUUUUAUUUUUGAUUUCAAUAUAUUUUCAUGCCAUUCAUUUUAGUACUUUAUUAGCCAACAUAGCCACACACUUUAGUUCCAAAGUUGCAUAUAUGAAUAGGCUGUACAAAUAAAAAUCCAAGUGUCCUCUGGGGACAUUUCAAUCACUUCUGUUAACCUCCUGCACUCCUAGUUCCUUUAAUGUUAAUAGGGAACUAUUUUCACAUUAUUCAUUGUGUAUAUAUAUUACAUUGAAGCUCAAUUUGUAUGUAUUUCCAUUAUAUCAUUUUUUGUAUGCAAAUACUCUGGUUUCAUAUAGCCUGUUUGAUUUACUCAGUAUUGACUUCUGUUUCAUGUGAAAACUGGUUUUGAACAUGAAGAUAUUCUUGUACUCUUACGUAAAAUUCCGUGUACGCCAGUAGAAACUGCAUACAAAUUGCUAGAAUGCUCAUAAACAUUUCAUCAGAAAAUGGAA